AUGGAUUUUAGAAGAAGAAGAAGAACUCAGAAGUACACUUUUAAGAGUCAGAAAUUGGAGGAUGUAAGAGAGCUAGGAUCUCUGGUGGUUAAUCCUGAAGACUUAAAAGGAAAAUAUGGGAGACUUAUACCUCUUUUGAAGACCAACAUGGUGGAGGGUAUUCUUGCUACAUUGGUUCAAUUCUAUGAUCCAUUAUACCGGUGCCUUACCUUUCCAGAUUAUCAGUUUGUACCUACCUUGGAGGAGUUUUCUCACCUGAUUGGCCUACCCAUUCCUGAUCAAGCCCCCUUUUCCAUUUUAGAAGAAAUUCCAAAGCAUCAUGACAUUCCAAAAGCUACUCAUUUAAGGAUGUCUGAGAUCAAAGAUAAUCUGACUACAAAAGGAGGCAUUCUUGGUUUGCUUGCUAAAUUCUUGAUAGAUAAGGCCCAUUAUUUUGUUAGCAUGAAGAGUAUGGAUGCUUUUGAGGAUAUUCUUGCCUUUCUCAUCUAUGGAUUAUUCCUCUUCCCUAAUGUUGACGACUUUGUUGACCUUAAUUCUAUCGAAAUAUUCCUAGUUGGAAAUCCAGUUCCUACCUUGCUUGCAGAUGUUUACCAUUCAGUCCAUCUCAUGAGUUCUCAUAAGGGAGGAAUGAUCAUAUGUUGUAUAACUCUGCUCUACAAGUGGUUUAUUUCACACUUGCCUCAGUCUACUGCCUUUUGGGAUCUCAAGGAUGGUUGGUUAUGGUCACAAAAGAUUAUGUAUCUGACUCAUUAUGACAUUGAUUGGUAUGAUCGUGCUUAUGAGGGGGUGAAAAUUAUUGAUAGUUGUGGUGAGUUUACUAAUGUACCUCUUCUUAGUAUAAAGGGAGGCAUUAACUAUAACCCAAUGUUGGCUCGUCGUUAA